CACAAAUACACUUCAUGUGCCAGGAUGAAAACAUCUCCAGUCUUGAUCUAUGUGCUCUUUGUGAUAUGCGCCCUUAUGAUAGGAGAUGCUCUUCCAUGUCAGAACCAGCGUUUUAUGGCCAUAAGAAAGGGCCGGACAGCAUAUAUUUACUGCAAUGGAGUGAGAGAAAAUUGCAGCAGCACUGACAACUGCACUUUCUCAUGGUACAUUGGAAGUCAAAAUGGAACUCGCAUUAGUUAUAUUAGGUCAGAUGCCGACCCACAUGUGCAAAUACGAAACAGCUUUUGUUUGUCCACCUUAACACUUAGUAAAGUCCAGAAGAAGCAUAGCGGGAUUUACUUCUGUGACCCUGAUGGACAUCAAGCCCAGUGUGGGACUGAGAUUAUGGUUGUUGCAGGUUGUACUGGGAAGCCUGGAAGCGCAUUUUCAAGAAAUUUAAUGAAGGACGCACUAAUAUUGGUAGAGACAAUCCUCAUCUUGCUUUUUACUCUAAUACCAGCUAUGCUGCUAAUGGAAAUGAACAAGAAGCGCAGUGUAAAAAUGGAAGAGCAUAUCUACGAGGGUCUUGACACGUACCAAGCAGCCACAUAUGAAGACAUUCAUACAGUACGAAAUCUAAGCACAAAGCGAAUGAUAGCAGAACAUCCAUGUGUGGAGUAGGAGGAGGACACGCAAUCGUUCCAUCAUAGAUGUGAAAUGCCAAGCAAUGGGGUCUGCCCCUAACUGGUAUUUGGGGAAGUAUGAGGACAUUCACCCUAUAGGCCCUUGAACUGAGAAUUCCUCAUAGCUGUUACUGAUCUUGCUCUUUAACAAUUCAGCUAGAUGUCAGUUGUCACUCUUUCCAACCACAGCUAUGGACCAAUGAUCACAUCAUAAUGAACUAUAUCAAGCACUGGUGCCAUAUACUGGCAUUAAGGUUACAGACUGUGAAAUCAGCACUGAGCAACAUUGGUACAGAAGGACAUGGAACAAGAAAAAAAACCCAAGCUAAUUGCAAAGCCAACCAGAGUGACCAGGUCAACUUGCAUGUUAGUACCAUACUGUAGUUGUACUUAAUUACCAAAGCUGAUUUAGAAGAACCAAAGUUAUAGCUAGAUAUAUUGGCCAUAUGCAAUACUUAUUGCCAUUCAGCUCCACUGCAAUAUAUAUAUAGUACCCGGCUAAGGAAGAAGCUACGGCAGAAACGGCUGCACAUGCAAUAAGUAUGCAUGGGUUUUCAUACAUAUGCUUGCAAUCUCGCAAUAAGCUGUCAUAUAAACGGGUAUGGGUAGCAAAGGGCAAGAAGAAAAUUCAACACAAUAUUCUAACAAAAUAUUCAACCAGGUUUUUUUUGGUAGAUAUUUAAUGGUCUUUUGGAGAACAUUGUGCAGAACUUUCAUUUCCUCUACAUAAAUAUGCCCAGUAUUAUGCUAGGGUUGAUAUCACUAUAAACUAGUGAUCACACUAUUAUCUUUCACAUAUGUACAGUAUAUAUCACAUGCAAGAAUGAUCGCUAAGCAAAGUCAUUUCAUACUAAUUAUGAAUUUGUAUGAUUGCACUAAUUGGUAUGUGCGAGUGAAUUCCUGCCAUUGUUGUGGCCAUGUAUAUGCUUCUACAGUAUUUCUAUGAUCUACAUGGACUGUACCUAGUAUUCUAAUAUGCAGAGGACAAUGGAUGGGAAAUUCCAAAUCCAGUUAGAAGGGUUGCACUGAUUGCACAGGGAAUAAAUUGAAAUAAAAUGCUAAUGAAUUCAGCCCUGCUAGCUGGAUUUGUAACUGUCACUGAAUUCAGAUGAUCCAGUAAGACCAGGGAUCCCCAACUUUUUAUACCCAUGAGC